AUGACGACAGCGAGCGUUUUGCUCACGGUGAGCACAACCUGGGGCGCGAAUAGCGAUAUAUAUGACAAGGAUGAGAGAGUCGGCAGAUCUUUGAGAAAUAUAGCAGCUGUAGCCGCGAGGGAAUUGAGAGAAACACCAUCAACGAGAGACCAGGCCCUAAGAAUCAUGAGAGAAUGGAUUGAACAGAAUACCGACAUACGAAAUGUUAGAACUGAUGAAUCAUUCCUACUACGUUUCCUCCGACACAAGAAAUACAGCAUCCCAAUGGCACAGCAGACUUUGCUGAAGUACUUGAGUCUAAGGAAAUACUAUCCUAGCGUCUUUACUAAAUUAGAUAGCGAAGAUCCAACAUUAAGCGAAAUUAUCAGCAAUGGGUACAUAGCGGUUUCGCCGGUGCGCGACAACAAGGGUCGCCGGGUCAUCGUUUACAACAUGGGUAAAUUCAACGCAGUCAAGUUCAACUGCUGGGACAUGUGCCGCGCCCAUAUAAUUGUUUACGAAGCCCUGAUGGAAGACUCUAAUGACCAGAUCUUCGGCUUCACACACGUUGGCGAUGGAAGCGGUUCCACGACUGCCCACGUCACCUCAUGGAACCCUAUUGACUUUGCGCGCCUUUUGAAAUGGGGAGAGCAAUCAAUCCCGAUGCGUCACAAGGACUUCCAGCUGGUCAAUGUGCCGGCCGCUCUCAAGUAUAUCAUCGACUUCGCUAGCAGCAAGGUCUCCAAUAAGAUGAGCGAGAGAUUGCAUAUUCACACAAACAUCAAGAACCUCCAAAGCAACGUGGAUUUGUCCUGUCUACCAACGGUAUAUGGAGGCCACAUACCUCUUCAAGACAUGAUCGAGUUCACUAAAGACUUGCUGGCUGAGAAAAGGAAACACAUCCUCGCUCUCGAUGACAUGGAAAUCUUGAGCACCAAAGGAAUCGUGUCCACAAGGAAACCCGGAAAUGCAUUGAAAGGAGACGCUGUGUCAGUUGAGGGUAGUUUUAGAAAAUUGGAAAUAGACUAACUGUGAUCGCAAAGAAUUUAUUUUAGCUUAAAACUGUUAAGCAUUUAUGGAUAUUUGUCUAGAUUUAUGAUUGUUAAGGUGCAUGCGACAGGUCUGCCCGCGAUAUUCAAAUUUAAUUUGGUUUUUCGCAAUUUGUAAACUAAUACGACAAAGUAGGCUUAUGGCACUUUAAUUGCGCCAAUGGUAGUAUCAUCCUCACAGGUUUAUAUAAAAAACUUUACUUGAAAAAAGGGUCCAGUUACUUGAAACUGGACAAAAUUUUGCUGACUUCAAUUCGUCUUGGUGAAAUACUUACUUUGUAUCCAUUGACAUAUAGUGCGCAUCAGGUAGGUUUAUUUUAGUUAUAUUAUUAACCUUUUUAAUCUGAACCGGAACCAUGAGGACAACACUAUUUUUGCUAAGCUGAGAGCUGAGUACCUAUCAUUAUUUUUAAGUUUGCCAUUUCUAGCUGUCAUUUUGGUCUCUGGGACUUAGGGAUAUUUUAAGACAUUCAUCCAAGCUCUGGGAUUUUAAAAGUAGACUACUAGGUAUAUGCACUUAUUGCGUUUAUAAACUGUUUAGAUUCUUUAGAUUAUAAUGUGUCUAUUCAUGUGAUACACAAGAUAAAGUUGAAAACUAAAACCCGACUGCGAUCGUCUUAAUAAACGCUGAAAUAUUAAAGUAAAAUUGU